AUGAGGAUAGAAGGAGAAAAAGGUGUGAAAACACAAUCCGCGCCAAACAUUGGCCGCGGACGCGCAAAAAUUUUUUGGCCGAGCAAUUUCCAACCGGGCCGACCGUGCGGUCGAGCCGGGAAGGAACGGCUUAUGCUCGGCCGGAUUGACUCUAUUGCGCGACAAGAACCGUCGCGCGGCACGCACGGGCAGAGAAGGAACAGGCCGCGCUCGGCCGGAUUUAUGUAUCGGAACGGACCGACCGUUACGGUCGAUCCGGGAAACAAACGUUCGGCCUCGGCCGAAAUUCUCGUCCAUUCGCGAGUUUGGCCGACCAAAUCGCACGACCGCGACAAAAUCGGCCAUCGGCCCAAAACUUUUCUCGGCCAAGGUAAGUCCCCUUUUCAUUAA